AUGCAGAUCUGGUAUGUUGUAGCUGUUGCUGCGCAGGCUGCAUGCGUCUCUAGUUUGGAUACCAGUGAUAAAUCAGACCAGAAGGCAACAUUUUCAAAGUUAGCAAGCAUGAAUGCCGACAAUGCUGGCAUAGUGAUACCAUACAGUGAUGGUAGCUCUACUACCUUCUCCAAUAGCUUGACCGAUGAUGGUGACAACGUGGUGCAAGAAUACUUGGCUUCAAACGUCGAUGCAAAGCAAAAUGUCGUUCCUUCAUACCAGAACACUGAACAAGAUGAGAUCUUAGAUGACGCCAAAAAUGUGGCCGAUCAUAAGACUAAGGCGCAGAGAGAGGAGGCGAAGGAGGCUCGACACGAGGCACAACAGAAGCGCAGAGCGGAGCGCGAUGCCCAGGAAAAAGAGUGGUGGAAGAUGAAAGCGCUGCAAAGGUCAGAACUAUAG